UAAGCGUUACAUGUGCAGUCAGAUACAAUACCACAGCCAGCACACACAGUACCGGGAAAUGCCGGCACAUUUGCCAGCGCUAAUCUAGCGAAAAAGCGUCACGACUGUCGAAUGUGGUGGCUUGAACGUUUCGCUUAACGGCAGCACAUAAGUAGCGACACUGAGUGGGUCACAAAGCCAGUAUGUGACCGGGUGUUGUCCCACUAUUUAACUGACAGCGGCAAAUACGCGUCGCCGUGGCGUGCUUAAGUCGCCUUAUUUCUUUGCUGUUGUUGAGUCGUGGCUGUGCUGAGACAACGGGGGUACAACAAGAGUCAGAGUAUGCUGGCGCACAGCACAAACGACUCAUUAUAGUUGCAAUUGCAUGUAACGGUAUUUAUAAUUACAGUUAUUGUAGACAGAGAAAUAUGAGAAUAGAAGACGGUCAACGUGGCCGGUCACUCGAUUUGAUUUCCUGCCGCGUAAAGGUUGCGUGCUGCCUGCUGCCGGCAAAGUUUAUUGCUUUUUGUACUGGCGUAUAAUAAGAAUAACUGUUAAAUAUUGACAAAACGGAAAGGAUAAAAAUAAAUAUAUCGAGUGCGUGUUUGAGAGUGUGGCAUGCAAAAUGUUUGUAAAACUAUAAACAAAUUAUUUGUGUUCUUAAACGUGUGAAUAUUUUAAAAGAUUAAAGCGACCAUGUGAACAAUUGUUUGUGUUUAUACGCGAGUAUUCUUUAAAGAGUUAAAAAAAGUUGUUUGUGCAACAUGGUGCCACCACCGAACGUUUCCAAAUAUUUGAUGAAUGUGCGCUCGUCUCAACGUAAAUUUCCAUCAGGCCCGCCACAGUCACCAUCAAACCAACAACAACAGCAACAACAAAAGUAUCAAAAACAACAAUCGGGGCAAAAGCAACAACGCAAUUUAUAUGAUUACAGCAAAACAUCGCAAACGGACGAGGAGAAGCAACGCGACCGACAGCGCAGCGAACGCGAAGCGAAGAAAGAGGAGCAGGACGCCAUCAAUUACAAGCGCGACAAAGAGGCACGUGAGGCGCGUUUGCUCGAUUUGGAGAUUCGACGACAGCAGAAACGUGAGGAGCAUAAGCAACAACAUCAGUUGCAACAACAACAACACCAGCAGCAGCAACAAUCACAAGCAGGCACGAGCGAGAAGAGUCCACCCACGACAUCGGGCCAGUCACAACAACAACAACAGCUAUUACAACAACAGCAGCAGCAGCAGCAACAACAACAGCAAGUGACUGGCGCUGGCAGCAGCAGUAGCGGCACGACCACAGCGCCCCGCAUACAAACGCCACCAGAUCGUUCGUGUCCGCCGGCGUUUCGCAGUCGAUCCAUCGAGCGUGAGCUACACUACGAGCGCAAAAGGUAUUCGGUACCGGAAACAGCCGAAAUCAAGGAGGGUGUAAGCACGACACCAUCACCGCAGGCUAUAACUGGACCGCCGCCAGCCACACAUCAUUCGGUGGUGGCGGGCCCUCCGGCAACAGCAGCAGCUGCUACAGCUGCUAUAAUCCCAAUAUUACCGCUUGGAGUUGCCACCUUGCGUGAUGACUCCACGGAGUCGGAGCAAUCCGUGACAUGUGCGCAGGCCCAGCCAGAUGCGUAUCAUCGCAUUAUGUGCCGGGCCCCAAUAGCGUCACUCGACUGCAUGGAGGAGUUCAGUGGCCGUUCGAUAAGUUUGGGUUCGAAUCCGGCACUACCGUUACGCCAUGGCUCCACACCGACGCCCGGCUUGCGCUACAAGAACCUUGGCAAGAGCGGCUUGCGCGUCUCCAAUGUCGGUCUGGGCACGUGGCCCGUUUUUUCACCCGGCGUUAGUGACGAACAAGCCGAAGCUAUAUUGCGUUUGGCCAUCGAGAGUGGCAUCAAUUUGUUUGAUAUCUCUGAGGCGCAUUCAGAGACGGAAAUCGGAAAGAUUUUGCAGCGCACCGGCUGGAAGCGUACAGCAUAUGUGAUUACGACAAAGGUCUACUGGAGUACCAAAUCCGAAGAACGUGGCCUUUCACGCAAGCACAUCAUCGAAUGUGUCAAAGCAAGUUUGCAGCGUCUGCAAUUGCAAUAUAUAGACAUAGUGAUUAUACACAAGGCGGACGCUAUGUGCCCCAUGGAAGUUGUACGUGCCAUGAACUAUGUCAUCCAGCAAGGCUGGGCAAUGUAUUGGGGCACAGCACGUUGGUCACAUGUCGAGAUCAUGGAAGCCUACACUAACUGCCGACAGUUCAAUUGCAUUACACCCAUAGUCGAACAAUCCGAGUACCACAUGUUUUGUCGUGAGAAGUGUGAGCUCUAUUUGCCAGAAAUGUACAAUAAGAUUGGUGUGGGCCUGAUGGCUUGGGGGCCACUUUCAAUGGCAUUGGCCGAUACGCAAAAUGGUGAAAAGCUAUUUUUACCAAAGGGUUCAUUCAAAACGAAGAGUCAAAGUUAUUCCUGGACAGAGGAUGAAAUUAACCGAAACGCGGCCUUAUCGCCACAAGGCAGCUGGGGUAAAGAUCGUGUGGAUGAGGGACGCCGACAUUGUGAUCGUUUGCGUGAUUUGGCAGCACUGGCCGAGAAAUUGGGUUGCAGUCCAACGCAACUCUCCAUUGCUUGGUCACUCAAGCAUGAACCGGUGCAAUGUUUGCUCUUAGGCGCAACCUCGGCGGAACAAUUGCAUCAGAGUUUGCAAUCCCUGCAGCUACUGCCACGCCUCUCAACCAGCGUUUUGAUGGAGUUGGAGCGUAUAUUAGAGAAUAAACCGGUGCGGCCGCCAAUGAUAUCGACACUCGCACUUCGGUGACAAUCAGCCUGCCCUCAGGGGCCGCCGAGCCUCAGUGGCGGCGGCCCUUGCGGGGCAGAGUCACCUAAAAAUGAGGAAGAGGCGUUCUGCGAGGAGGCGGAUGCGAAGGAUGCGUCAAAGCAGGGUUUCUGUGUUAUUCA